AACAAUCUUCCAUUUUGGGCUCUGCCACAGAAGCUCAAAAAAGCGAGGAAAUAAAACAUAUAGUAAAUUGGAAUCGAGUUUCCAAAAGGUAUUGUGUGGUGAUGCAAUAGACACUUGCGAAGUGGAUCGAGAUUGCGAUGGUAUAUUCUCAGAAAGAAAGCCCGGGAUCCCGGCGCCUGCUGCUCUCCUGUCUGCUGCUCGCCGCCUGGGGGACAGGGAGCGGCCAGCUCCACUACUCGGUCCCCGAGGAGGCCAAACACGGCACCUUCGUGGGCCGCAUCGCGCAGGACCUGGGGCUGGAGCUGGCGGAGCUGGUGCCGCGCCUGUUCCGGGUGGCGUCCAAGGAGCGCAGGGACCUUCUGGAGGUGAAUGUGCAGAAUGGCAUUUUGUUUGUGAAUUCUCGGAUCGACCGUGAGGAGCUGUGCGGGCGGAGCGCGGAGUGUGGUAUCCACCUGGAGGUGAUCGUGGACAGGCCGCUGCAGGUUUUCCACGUGGAGGUGGAAGUGAGAGACAUUAACGAUAACCUGCCUAGGUUCUCCAGACAAGAACAAAGAUUGGAUAUUUUAGAGUCAAGAAUGCCAGAUUCCCGGUUUCCGAUAGAGGGCGCAACUGACUUGGAUAUAGGAGUAAAUGCAGCCUUGAGAUACAAGGUAAAUCCUAACGAAUAUUUUGACUUGGAUGUUAAAACUAGUGAAGAAGAAACAAACAUUUUGGAACUAGUUUUAAAGAAAAUCCUAGAUAGGGAGGAAACACAAGAACAUCAUUUGUUACUGAUGGCAAUUGAUGGUGGAAAACCCGAACUAACAGGUACUGUUCAGUUAUUGAUCAAUGUAUUGGAUGCAAAUGAUAAUGCCCCAGAAUUUGUUAAAUCCAUCUAUAAUGUCAAAUUGUUGGAAAACACACCGAGUGAGACAUUAGUUAUCAAACUCAACGCCUCUGAUGCAGAUGAGGGGAUUAACAAAGAAAUAGUUUAUUUCUUCAGUAAUCUGGUUCUUGAUGAUGUACAGACUAAAUUUAAAAUCAAUUCUACUAGUGGUGAAAUAACAGUUAAGGGAGAACUGGAUUACGAAGACCGAAAAUUAUAUGAAAUUAAUAUUGAUGCUGUGGAUCGAAGUGCAUUCCCACUAGCAGGACACUGCAAAGUUAUAGUGAAACUCGUGGAUGUCAAUGAUAAUGUGCCUGAGAUGGCCAUAACCUCCCUUUUUUUGCCUAUCAAAGAGGACGCCCCUCUGGGCACCGUAAUCGCCUUGAUCAGCGUGUCUGACCGCGACUCCGGAGAGAACGGGCAGGUGACCUGCUCCCUGACGCCCCACGUCCCCUUCAGGCUGGUGUCCACCUUCAAGAACUACUACUCGCUGGUGCUGGACAGCGCCCUGGACCGCGAGACCACCCCCGGCUACGAGGUGGUGGUGACCGCCAGGGACGGAGGCGCGCCGGCGCUGUGGGCCACGGCCAGCGUGUCGGUGGAGGUGGCGGACGUGAACGACAACGCUCCCGCUUUCGCGCAGGCCGAGUACACGGUGUUCGUGAAGGAGAACAACCCGCCGGGCGCGCACAUCUUCACGGUGUCGGCCACGGACGCGGACGCGCAGGAGAACGCGCGCGUGACCUACUCGCUGGUGGAGCGGCGCGUGGGCGAGCGCGCGCUGUCGAGCUACGUGUCCGUGCACGCGCAGAGCGGCCGGGUGCACGCGCUGCAGCCCCUGGACCACGAGGAGCUGGAGCUGCUGCGCUUCCAGGUGAGCGCGCGCGACGCGGGCGAGCCCGCCCUGGGCGGCCAGGUGACGCUGCAGGUGUUCGUGCUGGACGACAACGACAAUGCGCCCGCGCUGCUGGGGCCCGAGGCGGGGGUGCAGGCUGCGGGCGUGAGCCAGCUGCUGUGGCGCUCAGUGGGCGCGGGCCACGUGGUGACGAAGGUGCGCGCGGUGGACGCGGACUCUGGCUACAACGCGUGGCUGUCCUACGAGCUGCAGCCGGAGGCGGGCGGCGCGCGCAGCCCGUUCCGCGUGGGGCUGUACACGGGCGAGAUCAGCACCACGCGCGCCCUGGACGAGGCGGACGCGCCGCGACAGCGCCUGCUGGUGCUGGUGAAAGACCACGGCGAGCCCGCGCUGACGGCCACCGCCACCGUGCUGCUGUCCCUGGUGGACAGUGGUCAGGCGCCCAAGGCGCCGUCGCGCUCGCGGGCCUUGGUGGAUGCCGCCGGCCGGGAGGCGUCGCUGCUGGACGUGAACGUGUACCUGAUCGUGGCCAUCUGCGCGGUGUCCAGCCUGCUGGUGCUCACGCUGCUGCUGUACGUGGCGCUGCGGUGCUCGGCGGCGUCGCCCACGGAGGGCGCGUGCGGGCCUGGCAAGCCGGUACUGGUGUGCUCCAGCGCGGUGGGCAGCUGGUCGUACUCGCAGCAGAGGAGGCACAGGUGUGCUCUGGGGAGGGCCCGCCCAAGGCGGACCUGAUGGUCUUCAGCCCCAGCCUCUCUCAAGAUCCCAGCUCUACAGACAACCCUCGGCAGCCCAACCCUGACUGGCGUUACUCUGCCUCACUAAGAGCAGGCAUGCACAGCUCUGUGCACCUGGAGGAGGCUGGCAUUCUACGAGCUGGUCCAGGAGGGCCUGAUCAGCAGU